GCUCCAAGAAGAAGAAGAAGAAGAAGAAGAAGAAGAAGCAGCAGCAGUCGUCAAGACGAAGCACUUAUUUAUGUAUUAAGUAUUUAAAUAAAGUGUUAAUUAUUAUUAUGCGCAACGCGUGGUGCAAGACCUGCAGUAAAGCGACAGACCAGGACCAGUCGUUGAUGAUUUUGGAGAAACUAUUGCCGCAACAAUACAGCCACACUGUCUGCAGCUAUGAGACGAUAGGAGAGAACAAUUUCAAGGCAGCCUUAAAACUGAAGCUGUCCAGUGUGAAAGAGGCAAAGAAAUGGCUUGAAGACUUCCAGAGUUCCUCAGGCUUCACAUGGCGAACGUCUAAAACGUACCCCAAUGUUGGACGCUACAACAAGUAUCGAGUGGACUACAGGUGCAGGACGAUAAAAAAGAACAAUUCUUGCCCUGCUACUCUGUUCCUGAUCCUGAAAAGGCACCCAGAAUGUGGAGAACGGAAGUCGAGAUCCGGAGAUCCUCACAUGAAGGAGGGACUCUUCUUUCAUAUCAACUUACGCAAUGAGCACAACCAUCUGGUUUCAUCUGCUGAAGUCAUGACAAGGAGAGAAGUUUCAGGAGAAACCAUUGAAAAGCUGAAAAAGCUAUUUGAAAGUGGUCACUCGCCUUCAUCUGCGCUAAAAGUACUUAAGUAUGAUUUACAAAAGGAGGAACAGGACAACUAUGUGUAUGCUGCUGCAGAUCGUUCUGUCUGUCCAGAUUUGCAGUUUUGUUACAGACUAUACUACAAACUGUUCAAAAAAGCGUACAAUGCAGCAGCAGGGGAAGAAAUAUUCAAAGAUCUAGAACAAACUCUUGAAGAUUACAACAAGGAGCAAGGGGAUGUCUGUGCCAGGAUGUACAAAACCACUGACAAUCAGUUGGUGAUUGCCAUAUGCACCCCAAUGAUGAGGAGGGUCCAUGCCAGGAUAAGAGAGAGCAGUGAGAUGGUGUUUGUGGACUCCUCAGGGAAUUGUGGACGCCUUAAUCACCACCUUUUCCUACUCCUUACCCAUUCCCCAGCUGGUGGUUUGCCUUUGGGUGUGUUCAUCACCACGUCUGAAACCCAGGCAACCAUUUCAACUGCCAUGGAGCUGCUACAGACUGUCUUUCCCCCUGACAGGUUCUUUGGCCACCCGGAGGGGCCUCUUGUUGUCAUGACUGAUGACUGCCCCGCACUCAGACAGGCACUGCAUGAGGCAUUCCCCGAAGCCACGUUGGUCCUUUGCGUGUUUCACCUCCUUCGGGCCAUGUGGAGACUACUGUGGAGCAGCUCAAAUGAGGUUCCCAAGCAGCACCGGGCCCUCCUCCUAAAGUCCUUCAGAGAUCUGGUGUAUGCUUCAACACCAGCGGCACUCACGGAAGUCUACACCAGGCUGAUGGAGGACCAUAUUGCUUCACAGCACCCAAAGUUUGUGCAACACCUGCAGGAGGUUUUCAAGCGGCGAGAGGAGUGGGCCAUCUGCCUGCAGGCACAACUGCCCACCAGGGGGAACCAUAUCAACAGCUAUGUGGAAAGUGCCAUGGGGGUGGUAAAAGAGAAGGUUCUCCACCGACUGAAGUCCUACAAUGUGACGCAGUUGGUGAACUUUGUCGUCACAAGGAUGGAGGCACAUUACAUCCGCCGCCUCACAGACAUCGCCAACAACCGGCUACAGACUCCUCUUAAGAAAAUGUUGAAAAUAAAGGAUCUCGGGAGACACUCCAUUGUGCAGGAAGAUCAAGACAACUACAUCGUGACAAACUCAUCAAAUGCCACAGUGUCCUACCAUGUUGACGUGGCCAUCGGUUGCUGCACGUGCCCAGCAGGGAUUAUGGGUGGACACUGUAAGCAUCAAAGUGCGGUUGCCAGGAUGUUUGGACAUACUGACAGCUUCUCGCAUUGCUUGUCACCAGAAACACGGAAGCUGUGCUAUCAGAUUGCCACAGGGAAGGACGUUCCAGAAGAUGGUUCCGGACGGUUUCCGACAAUAGUGCUGAAAAACACAUCUCCGUGUGAAAGAGCUGCACAAGUUCCCACAAGUGAAAUAUACUGCUGUCCUGACACAGACACUGAUGCUGAUAUCAUGCAACAGCCAAUGGAGUCAUCACUGAUCCAAACGCAACCAAAUGCAUCAGUGGAGACAGAUUCCGGUGAAGUGCACCUCAAGGAAAGGCUGAACAGCAUAUUCCUGGACAUCAACAAGAAGCUGGACAACCCUGAUUUCACUCAUUCCAUCACUUCAUUUGUUGAGACUUAUGAAAACAUCAAAACAGACAGUGCCAUGAUUUCAGCUCUCUCCUCAUUUGGAAAGUCUCUCCAAACAAAGGCCAGAGGGUGCAAAAGACAGUUGCCCUACCUUCAAACCUCUGCACAAAUUGGAGUGCAGCUGCCUGCUGUGUUGAGCAACAAAACGUCUUUGGAUGGAGGGAGGGUCCUGAACAGUGGACAACCACCGAAGCUGUUAAGAACGGAGCAUCUCUAUGGAAGAACUGGGACAAACCCAAGUGCUCAGAUUCAUUCAGUUGUGCACUGUGUGGAGGAAAGCAUGUGCCUUGGGGGGAUCAACUAAUAAGUCCCCACCCUACCCAGAGGUUGGCCACUGGGCCUCAGUGCACUUGAUCGUCCCCUCCCUGUUUGUACAUAGUGGUCCAUAGUUCCUCAUACAGAUCUAUACACAGCUACAGCUCUCAUGUUCGACUGUAAAUCCCUGCUAUCAAUGACCUGUUCCUCUUGUCCGAAAUGAGUCAGGACACAUCCAACAUUUGUGUUUUUGUCACAGCUGAAUUUACUGUCUGUUGGAAACUGGAUACCAACAAACCUACAAAAGUGAGCAACAUUGUCAUCACUAUUGAUAAUUGUUUAGUUUGACUUAUGUAGUUGAGUGUAUUUUAACUGAUAACUGAUGAUGCUGGAAGAUCACUGAGUCUGCACAGAUUGUCAGUCUGCUGGACAGUGGCUGCUGUAGCCAAUAAUUUAUUUGGUCAUAAUCCAGUUAUUAAAAAUAUUAUUAAAAUUAAAUAAUGACAAAUUUGCUCUCUCUUCCUAUAGCGGCUGUGUCAAACACACUGCUGUCUGACAUUUCAUGCAGGUCAGUCAAGCAAAUAUGGCUGGCUUUCACCUUUGAAAAGGCUGUCACAGAUAAGUAAACCACCGCAAGGUUUAGGAUCCCAAAUCAGUUUAUUGCACAACUUAUAGUACCAGUAACAAUCACUGCCUCAUUUUGGCAUGUCAAAAUGUUAUUCUGACUAGUUAAAAUGUGGAUUAAAGAAAUCUGUGAUUUACAGAUAUCUUUAAUUAUGGAUAUCAGUAAAUAUCUGGCGAGUGUGCCGACCACCAUCUACUGUAGGGUCAGAAGGUCUGUCAGGUAAAAUAAAAACUGGAACAAUGACAUCUUUUUUCAAAACUAUUUAUUUCAAAAUGCCUGUCUAACAUUCAAUAAAUCCUUUUUUGUUUUUUAAA